GUCUUUAUUUGUGUUUUCUAAAGGAAAUUCACUUUUUGAACGGUGUAGCAACUUUCAAAUGUAUUUUGGUGUAAAGUUCGAAAAUUAAUUGGUUGGGAGAUUUAACAAUAUAUUUAAAUAUUACAAGUUAAAUAAAUUGGUCAAAAAUGUCUUUCGAUUUGUCUAAAAUAAGUUCUCAGAAAGUAAAAGCAAUUCCUGGUGGAGAGACUGUGGAGAUGCAAAGUUUCUGGAAGGAUCAGAAUGUUGCAAUAAUAUUCUUUCGCCGCUGGGGUUGUAUGUUUUGCAGAUUGUGGGCUAAGGAGCUGGGUGAAAUAUACCCGAUCCUAAAGAAGAAUAAUAUCAGACUUGUUGGGAUAGGGAUUGAGGAGGCCGGUUCCAAGGAAUUUGUUGAUGGCAAAUAUUUUAAUGGAGAUCUAUUCUAUGCUGAAGAUAAAUCCAUUUAUCAGACUCUGGAAUUCAAGAGAUUCAAUUUGGUGUCCAUUAUUACGUCACUGUUUUGGAAGCAAUCUAGAGAGGCAAUCGUCAAAGGAAAAAGUCUCGGUUUAGGGGGCGAUCUGAAAGGUGACUGGGUCCAAACGGGCGGCGCCCUACUCGUGGGUCCCGGAGGAAGACUUAUAAAAUAUUUCACCCAAACCGGCCCAAGUGAUCAUUUACCCAACGCUGACAUAUUGAAGCUCUUUGAUCUGGAGAAUGAAUACAAGGCAGAUACAAUGGCAAAUAAGCGACGUGAUGGUACUGAAUGUAGUACAGAACAAACAUCUUAGGCCUUGGAAACAGGCAGUAAGCGGUACCCUUAAUCCUAUCCAUCAUAUAUGGGCGGAGAGGUUGUGCAAGCAAAGCAGAAUAUAGAUUAGAAGCACACAUAUAUUAUAUAUAUAUAUAUAUUAUAUAUGUUAUAUAUUUGUUGGACUAUUAUAAAUCAGUAUUCUUGUUUACACUGAAAAUGUUCUCCAUUUAUCAAAUGUUUGACUUCUUAAAAGAAGCAUUAUAUUUCUGAUUGUGGAUGAAAAAAAAAAAUAAUUUAAUUGAUAGUAUUGUUAAAAGAAAAAAUAUAUGUAACAUAGAGAUUUAUAUAUUUUUAAAACUACGGUUUAUUGACAUUAUAAAUAAAUUUGUUUUUUUUUUAAUUUUUUUUUGUAUAAUGGUAAUAUUAAAAUUAUUAUUGUUUGUGUUAAGUAAGACUGAGUAAUUAAUAUAUUUACGCUCAAUUUAUAUUGGUGGGAUGGGCAAUUUAUCUUUAAGAUUAAAAGGGACCCAUAUAUUUUUAUCCUUAUUAAAUGUUGUCUAUGGUUUCAGGUUUUUGUUAUGACAUAAAUUUAUAAUUUAAAAAUACACUAGAUUAAGACUAAGAAUUAAAAAUUCUUAAUUGUAUAAUCACGUUUUUUUUUACAUAUUUUGGUAAAAAUCUGUAAUAGGAAAAUAAAAAUUGUAAACAGAGAAAUCGUUUAUUUUAAUAAAUAAUAAAAAAUA